AUGUCGCUUUCAUACAAGACUUGGGUGCACCAUGGGGAAACUGGUCCUGUCAAUCAACCUUGUGUGUGGAAUAAUGACAAUGGGGUUGAAGGUGCUAUUGAUGAAGGGAGAACCAAUGAAUGCCUUGACCUUGAAGAUGAACUGUAUGCUAUGUUAGAAGACCGUCGCACGACGAAUACUUUUGAUGAUGAUGAAAAGGAUGAGUGGCAUGAUAAUGAGCAAAGAGAGAAUGCACAGAACUUUGAUAAAUUGUCAGAGGAUGCUCGGCGUCCGUUAUACUUUGGAUGUCAAAAGUUUACUUCGUUAUCGUUUGUCAUUAAGAUGCUUCAUGUGAAAGUGUUAAACAAGUGGAGCAAUAAGUCUUUUGACAUGUUGUUGGGUGUAUUGAAAGACGUUUUACUGGAAAGUGAUCAAAGGGUUCCAUGGACCCUUUAUGAAGCCAAGAAAUUUUUGCAUGACUUGGGUUUAGGAUGUGUGCCUAUUCAUGCAUGUAAGUAUGAUUGUGCUCUUUUUUGGAAAGAAAAUGCAAAUUUAGAAAAUUAUCCGAUUUGUAAGGAACCUAGAUACAAACUGAAUGAUGGCAAAGGUAAGAUGAUCCCUCAUAAGAUUUUGAGACAUUUCCCGUUGACACCAAGGUUGCAAAGAUUAUAUAUGUGGAGAAAAACAACUAUAGAUAUGAGAUGGCACAAAGAAAAACAUGUUGACGAUGGCAUAUUAAGGCAUCCAGCCGAUGGUGAGGCAUGGAAGGACUUUGACAGGCAACAUAUUGUGUUUGCCCAAGAACCACGUAAUGUGAGGCUAGGGUUGGCCACCGAUGGUUUUAACCCAUUUGGAAAUAUGAGCAACUCAUAUAGUAUGUGGCCAGUGGUAGUUAUGCCUUAUAACCUGCCACCGUGGAAGUAUAUGAAACAACCAUUUUCCAUAAUGUCAUUGCCUAUUCCUGGACUGCAAGCACUAGGGAGAGAUAUUGAUAUUUACUUGAGGCCAUUAAUUGACGAAUUAAAGGAGUUGUGGGAAGAUGGUGUAGUUAUGUAUGAUACCUCAACUAGGGCAAGUUUUCGAAUGCAUGCAAUUGUUAUGUGGACUAUUAAUGACUUUCCAGCUUAUGGCAACUUGUCAAGGUGGAGUACAAAAGGAUAUUUGGCUUGCCCCAAUUGUAAUGAGAAUGUAUCAUCACAAUGGUUAAGAAGUAAGAUAGGGUACAUUUUUGCCCACCGAUACUUGCCUGAAGACCAUUCUUGGCAAAAAAGUAAGAUCUUUAAUGGUAAGGCAGAUGAUCGAGCAAGACCUUUGGAGUUGUCAGGUGAACAAAUAUUAGAUCAACUGGAUUUAGGAACAUUUAAACCAUUUGGAAAGCAUCCAAGCAACGAGAAAAGAAAAGGGGAUAAAAAUACAGCACUGAAUUGGACAAAGAAAAGCAUGUUUUUCGAAUUGCCUUACUGGAAGACACUCAAGGUACAACAUAACCUCGAUGUCAUGCACAUAGAGAUGAACAUAGGUGAAAAUUUGAUUGGGAUUUUGUUAAGCAUUGAUGGAAAGAACAAGGACACGGAACAAGAACGCAUGGAUUUAGAGAAUAUGAAAAUUAGAAAAUAUUUUCACUUAAAGAGGCGCGCGGAUGGCUCCUUUGAAAAGCCCCUUGCAUUGUACACAUUGUCCCUAAAGGAAAGACAAGGUUUUUGUGCAUUCUUAAAAUCAAUUAGGUAUCCUGAUGGAUAUGUAGCAAACAUCUCUAGGAUGCGUGGGUAUCUUAACAAGGACAUUUCUAUUGCAUUGUUUGAGUUGGGAAAUUACUUUCAAGAGUUAUGUUCGAAAACAGUAAGGGUGAAUGAUUUGGAGAAAUUACAAGAAAGCAUAGUACUCAUACUUUGCAAAUUACUCAGGAUUUUGAAAGGGUAUGUAGCGAAUCGAGCUGGCCCAGAAGGUUCAAUUGUAAGAGCUUACAUUGUCAAAGAAUGCCUCACUUUUUGCUCUAUGUAUCUUGGUGGGAUUGAAACCGUAUUUAACAAAGAGGAAAGAAAUGAAGAUGUUGGUGAUGUUGGCAUGGGGUAUUCAAUAAAUCAAUUACAAGCUGAAGGAUCAUCGGAAGCAACUGAUGAGUUAUGGUCAUUAGCUAAUGGUCCUAGUCCAAUAGUGAAUAUUUAUUCGGGCUGUAUUUGUAAUGGCAUUCAAAUCCAUACCAAAGAUCGAGACAACUGUCGUGAAAGUCAAAAUAGCAAUGUGGCCAUUCAAGGGGAUCAUCAGGGUAUGUUAAUUGAUUUCUAUGGUCACUUGACUAAAGUUUGGGAAAUGGCAUACAUGUGCGGGCAUCGAGUUGUGUUGUUUCAAUGCAAAUGGUUUAAUAGUUGUAGCUGCAGAACAUUUUGCACUGAAACACAUUUAACAACCAUUAAUGUAAGAAGUCGUUGGUAUCAAAAUAACCCAUUUGUCUUGCCAAGUCAAGUGCAGCAAGUUUUUUAUGUCAAUGAUACCAAAUUAGGUGAACAUUGGAAAGUCGUAGAGCGACUUCAAUGUCGAGGAAUAUGGAAUGUGCUGAAGCUUGAGGAUGUAGAUCCCAAUGAUAAUGAAUUGCCUAUUCCAAAUGAUGUGUUCUAG